AUGGGUAAUAGAAAGCAGAACUUGAAAAAGUCCUUAGGGCUAUCUGAAUAUCCCUGGAGUUCAGAUGAUGAUGAUGAUGGACCGCGCCAGUCCAAUGAAGAAAUAUUGCCAGCAACGAACAGGGAACCUCGCCCUAGUGUGGCAGACCAGCCUGGAACAAGUGGUUUAGCACAACCACAAUCAGAACAAGCUACACCUAGAACAUCAAGAAGAAUACAAGCUAACUUGGACAGGGAUAUGUUCUGGUCAAUCAUAAACAACACUCCAAGACCUACCAUCAAUAAUUACAACACUCGUUCGAGAAUAAACGAUCCAUCUUUGGCCUCUACCUCAAGAUCUGGACCGAGUCAAGCCCAGCCACCUCCAAGACCCAACAUAGAGGUGCGCCUUCCAGAUCAGCGCGCUAUUACCAAUAGGCGCCGUCAUAUCAUCGAAGACGUGCACCGCAUUCUCGCAUUCAAGAAAUUGACACGCACCCUACACAACUUAGCGCAGAAUAGAGCUAAUAUCAGUUCGGCAAACUUCAGCAAUCGUCCUUCUUUGUCACAUUCGUCACCACGGGUGUCAAGGCCACCCGAUCGCCCUCCUCACAGACCACCCGGGCCAGGCUUUGCUCCUGCGGGUGGGAGCCGAGGACCACCGUUUAGACGCUCUGUACAAAACUACCCAACUAAUAAUCAAGUGGAUCCGCAACACACCUGGCACUAUCGCUCAGGUGCUGUGCAGGCUAACGGCACUCCAGUCGGAGACCAAAUACCAAGUACCAGUCAAGCGGCUCCAGAUCCUUUUAUUCACGUCGUGGAUCACUCGGAAGAUGAGUUACAGGCAGUAGAACCAACGGCAGUUCAACCAAUGGAACCAGACCAUGAAACCAAUGACCCUGAGGAAGAAGAAAUUGCUCGAAGUAAUAUAAUGGAUGCAGCACUCAAUGACAACGGUAGUGGCGCCCGACUCAUUGAGGAGGUGGUUGAAGUUGACGCUCCUGAUGAGCCCGAUAACAACCCUGCUCCCACGGAAACGGAGGCAAAUGAAGGAAUUGUUGCACCCGUUGCUGAAAACAGGGCUGGUGCUGCCAACGCGGCAGAAAAUGCAGAAACAGCUCAAGAAGGUCCAUCGUAUGGUGUUAAGAGGAAAAGGGAUUCGACUGAUGAUACAAGGGAGCCAUUCUCUGUCCAAGAUUUUAAUCAGAGCCUACUCCGCCUACUGGAAUGCCCAGUGUGUCUCGAGUGGAUGGAGCCCCCGAUCUCGCAGUGUCGCCGCGGACACUUAGUGUGCAGUCGGUGCCGCGCGAGGCUCACGGCAUGUCCGGUGUGUCGCACUCCUUUCUCUUCGGUACGGAACAGGGCUAUGGAAGGGGUGGCGGAGAUGCUGCGCUACCCUUGCCGGCACGGCUGCGGGCGCGAGGUGCGCCUGCGCAAGCGCGCGCCGCACGAGGCGAGCUGCCCGGCGCGGCGCUACGUGUGCCCGGCGCCCGCCUGCGCGCGCCUGCCCGCGCUGCCGCACACGGAGCUGGCGCACCACUUCCAGACCUCGCAUCCCUUGCUCGUGAAGAUGGGUUGCAAGCACAAGUUCUCGACGAAAGUGAAUUCUGAGCAACACGAUACGUGGAUCAUCAGGGCGCUGGACGAAUUCUUCCACCUGCGCGUGGACAUCGACAUUCGGACUUGGGGCGUCAUCGUCUACGUCGCCUACAUUGGCCCCAAAAGAAAUGCCAACUCCUACACGUAUGAGGUUACCGUAGAAGGGCAGCACAACUCGAGGAAAUUGGUCUACACUAGGGCAACGCACAGCGACCUUGAGAGUUCCUCAGUAAACGUGAGCCGUCAGGAUUGCUUUCAUCUAACACUUGAUCAAGCACUCAACUUUCUUCGUAUUAAUAAUAGGCAUUGCGAACCAGACAAAUUCUUAGAUUUCGAAAUUCAAAUCACUAAGUGGGAAAGUGUUGAAGACACUAGAGAUGAAUCGGAUUCCUGA